GACAAACAACGUAACAAGAGAAAGAGCACUAUUGCUAAAGAUGUUAGUAAACAAACCGGGGACAUAUGUAGGAAGCCUACGAUGAGUGCAGAAAAAUCCAAACACAAAUCACAAGCUUCCAAAACGCGGAAAAAGAAGGACGAAGAAGAUGAAGACGUAGUAAUGGAACUGCUGCUCUUUGGUGCGGCUGCAGCGGGGGCGGCGUGUGUGAUGUGCAUACUAACAUGGCUGUAUUGGUUUCUGCACAACGACCCCCGGGGACGGUUGGUGAUGGAUGAUAUAUUGAUGAAGCUGGGAUACGACACUUACGGGGGUUGGGAAUCGGCUUUCAAUGACCAGCGGAGCAAGCCUGAAAUGUUCUGCCGGGCAAUUAGACUCAUUGUGUACCACAUUUUAAUGUUUACUAGCAGCAAUAUACCUACGAACAAGCCUAUGAAGAUGAAUACGUAG